AUGGGAGCACCCGAAGCGCCUGCGUACGGUGCACCCACUGCAGAUUCACCUGUCGACGAAUUCGAGGUGAUAGAUGACAUUUCAAUAAAGAAAAAUCAGGGUACUCUUACGCGGGGCGGAACGGCUACAGCCGGCGAAACUAGCAGUGAAACUUCUGUGAUCGGUGAAUCUGAAGUUGUGGGCGGCUAUGAAACACACAAAACUGGGGACAAACUUUUGCAAGAGGAUUUGCAAAAGGGCACAGCUUCGGAAGAAGCUGCUCAAGGCCAGGGAGAGGAUGUAUCUAAGCCUUCUGAAGAGCUACUGAGAGAGGCAAAGGACCUCGAUUUAUCAAUGGAGAAGUUUGAGAAUGCGUAUGCUUCAGCUUCGAAAACAGUGCAAGAUGCAUUUAUACUGAAUUAUAUGCCUGAAUCGGCCAGAGGCCCAUCCACCUCUCCUACUGAUUUUUUUCGGCGGCAAGUGGAGAUAUCCAAGGUGGAGUGCCAAACUGGCAGGCUCACUUCCACAGAAAGUGAAAAUGCACUGAUGGAUAUCCAACUUGUCCGCAAUAUCUUGGAGGCAGCUUCAUCCCGCAUUGAGCUGCUACGCGAGCUUGAAAUGCUGUGUGAUAGCUCGGGCAUCGGCUCUGCGCUGCUUGGCAAGAAAGCGGUGCCACUACCUCCAGCGGGUGCACUUGCUUCAGACCCCAACCAAGCUACCUUCGAAGACUUUACUCUGAUGCUUAAGGGGUUCAAAUUUCGUAUCAAUGAGGCUGCUUUGGCAGCCGCAGGGACGGUCCCUGUGGUCCUGGCACAACGACUCGCUGCCUCCGUCAAGUUGGAAACAGCGCAGCUAGAGAAUGACCGAAAGGUGCACUCUAGCUUCCAAAAGUUCAUCCUAUCACUCCCUCAGGAUAAGCAGCAAUUGUGCAUCGUGCAUGCAAACGCAAUAUUUGGCGUCGAACCGUUCUUUCAAGUUAUUGGCAGGGCUAUCUUUGACAGAGAGGCAAAUAUUCUGACUGCAGAUGCCCUCGGUUCCUGGGUUGUCGAUUGGAAUGUAGAAGGGAUCCUAGAGCGAUUACGGCUCAACGAAGAGGAUGUUGGGAAGUUGCUUGGAAUGCGGCCAAACUCUUACAAAGCAACUUCAAUAGAUGACAUGUUUGCAGCUGCCACUGCACUCAUCUAG